CAGCCUUGGGCAAAACCAAGGAGGCAGUGGAAAAAUCAUGCAGGCCUAUGGCUGCUUUCUAGUUAGUUUUUUCCUUUUCUCUUAUUUUUCCUCUUUUUCCUCCGCCCUAACCGAUGCCGAAGUGUCAUUUAUUGCACAUCGCCAGCUCGUCAGUCUCCCAGAGGGCGGCGACAUUCCUGACAACUAUGAAUUUGAGGUUGAGCUUGAUCUGAAGUUUCCAAAUACCAGGCUUCGACGCGCAUACAUUGGGCUUCAAGCUUUGAAAAAGGCCGUGUACUCGGACCCUUUGAAAACAACCCAAAACUGGGUUGGCAAGAAUGUAUGUGCUUACACUGGAGUUUUCUGCGCUCCGGCUCCUGAUGAUCCGGAAAUUGAGGUGGUGGCAGGCAUUGAUCUCAACCACGCAGACAUCGCCGGACACCUUCCUGCGGAAUUAGGGUUGUUGACGGACAUGGCCUUGUUCCACAUCAACUCCAACAGGUUUUGUGGAAUCAUCCCCAAGAGCUUUAGAAGGCUAACUCUUCUCCACGAGUUUGAUGUUAGCAACAACCGCUUCGUGGGAUCAUUCCCCGACGUUGUCCUGGAAAUUCCCAACCUCAAGUACCUCGACCUCAGGUUCAACAAUUUCGAAGGGAAGUUGCCUCCUGAGCUUUUCAACAAGGAACUGGAUGCUUUGUUCUUGAAUGACAACAGAUUCACAUCCACCAUUCCUGAAAAUCUCGGCAACUCCCCCAUCUCGGUUCUUGUCGUUGCUAACAACCAUCUUGAAGGCUGCAUCCCCAAUAGCAUUGGAAAAAUGGUGAACACCUUAAAUGAGGUAGUAUUAUCCAACAACAAGUUUACCGGAUGCCUGCCUCCUGAAAUCAGACAACUUGCAAACGUGACGGUUUUCGAUAUUAGUUCAAACACAUUCAGUGGGAUUAUGUCGAAAACUUUAAAGGGCUUGGAAAAGGUGGAGGAGUUGGAUGUCUCACACAACAUGCUAACUGGGUUUGUUCCUGAGAGUAUAUGUAUGUUGCCAAACUUAGGGAACUUCACGUUCUCGUACAACUACUUCAAUGGAAAGGCCCAAAAAUGCGUGCCAGGUUCUUUGAAAGAUGUUGUGUUUAAUGACGCGAGCAAUUGUUUACUGGGCAGGCCAAAACAAAAGUCGGCUAAAGAAUGUUAUGCGGUGGUGAGCAAGCCAGUGGAUUGCGAUAAGGCAAAGUGUGGCGGUGGACAUGGGCCUUCGAAACCUUCUCAGCCUCCGGUUGAGAACCCAAAGACACCAAAGCCUUCACCUGAACUGGUUCCAACAACUCCUACACCCAAACCGCAACCACCCAAAGAAGAGACACCCAAGGAACAACCUUCAAAGGAGGAGCCACCAAAGGUGCAAGCGCCCAAAGAGGAGCCACCAAAAGUGAAACCUCCCAAAGAGGAGCCACCAAUAAAGGUACAACCUCCCAAGGAUGAGCCAUCAACGGUGCAACCUCCCAAAGAGGAGUUACCAAAGGAGCAACCUCCAAAAGAUGAGCCACCCAAAGAACAACCUCCAAAGGAUGAACCACCCAAGGCACAACCGCCUAAAGAAGAAGCACCCGCUCCAGAGUCGGUGGUUCCAAUUUUCCCUCCACCAAUUGUUCAAACCCCUCCACCAGAACCCUUUGGGCAAAGUCCUGUCAUUCAAAUCCACCCUCAACCACCACUAGUUCAUUCCCCUCCACUAGUUGUAGUCUCGCCACCACCUCUAGUUCACUCUCCUCCCCCAUCACCAGUCCAUUCACCCCCACCACCAUUUCAUUCUCCCCCACCACCAGUUCACUCUCCUCCACCACCACCAGUCCACUCACCUCCACCGCCAGUGCACUCGCCUCCACCACCAGUGCACUCACCUCCACCAGUAGUCCAUUCACCUCUACCACCAGUGCACUCGCCUCCACCACCAGUCUAUUCUCCUCCACCACCAGUGCACUCACCCCCACCACCCGUUCACUCACCUCCACUACCAGUGCACUCACCCCCACCACCAGUCCAUUCUCCUUCACCACCAGUACACUCACCCCCACCACCCGUCCACUCCCCUCCACCACCAGUGCACUCACCCCCACCACCCGUUCACUCCCCUCCACUACCAGUGCACUCACCCCCACCACCAGUCCAUUCUCCUCCACCACCAGUACACUCACCCCCACCACCCGUCCACUCCCCUCCACCACCAGUGCACUCACCUCCACCGCACUCACCUCCACCACCAAUACACUCACCCCCACCACCCGUCCACUCCCCUCCACCACCAGUGCACUCACCCCCACCACCAGUCCACUUUCCUCCACCACCAGUGCACUCACCCCCACCACCAGUUCACUCCCCUCCACCACCUGUCCACUCGCCCCCACCACCAGUCCACUCGCCCCCACCACCAGUCCAUUCUCCUCCGCCACCAGUGCACUCACCCCCACCACCAGCACCGAUUCACUCACCGCCACCUCUAGUCCAAUCACCUCCACCAGCUUCUCCAUCUUUGUCACCUCCUCCUCCCAUUUUCUCACCACCCCCUCCAGACUUCGUCUUGCCACCGACCAUCGGGUUCCAAUACUCAUCUCCACCUCCGCCAAUGUUCCCAGGCUACUAAGCGCACUACGAUAUCAAACUCGUUGCUCGGCCCUGCAUGAAACUUUGUUUAUAAAUAUUUACAACCUCACAAAAAUACACCCACUUUUGUUAGUUGACCAUAGCUCGUAAUUCAUGACAUCAAAGUGUAAAUCUUUUCAUAUGCUAUUCAAUGCAAUAAAAGGACGUUA